AUGGAGGCCCCCCUGGCCCGGAAGUUUGUCAACUCCUCCCUAGCAAAGUUCUACAAGGACAGUGCGAUCAAGAUGGUGCGGAGCUGGACCCACCGCUCUUUUGCGGAGUUCUGCGAUGUCAAUGACUGCAUCUACCGCUUGGAGGACUUCGACCUGUCAUACAGAAAAUGCUACUCCUCGGCGAUUUGCGCCACGGCCCUGGCCAACGAGAUCCCCUACGACCAUUGCAAGAAGACGAUGGAGAUUUUCAUGUACCGGCAUAUGUACAUCAACCUACCGAUGAUCUGCAGUAAAUCCUCCAACACCGGAUCCUUCUGCUCCGAGGAGAGUUACGGCCUCUUUCUGCAGAGCCCGGAGUGCUACAUUCGCUUUAUGAUCCCGGUGCUAAGCGAGAAGACCUGCUCGGCAGAGUGCGUGUCACUGUGGGCCCAUGCACAGUCGAAUUCUCCCGGCUGCACCAGGCAUUUAGAGUAUCAUGCUCAGAGACUCACGGGAAUCACUCUGAAGUUCAUGCGGGACUUGAUCAGCGCCGCGAAGGAUCCAGAAAAGCGAGAGUUCAUGGACCAUCUUCCCAAGCACUUCAGGACCUUCCAACAGGCCUGCAUGGGCCCAGCCACUACACUAGCUCCCGGUCUGGUUGUGUGA